AUGUCGUCAGCAGAUCCCUCGAUGAUCAACAUCGCCAAAGUGAGCGACUGGCUCACUCAAAAUGCAAACGAACACAUCUAUCCCCGACUCUUCUUGAUGUCUCCAAAUGGCACACUACUAGCGUACUCGAAGCCAGUACAGACCAAGGAGCUUCGCGAUCAGGCUGCGCUCAUUUCUAUGACCUGGAAAGACAACUGCCAAGGACGUCAGAAGUUUUCGGUCCGCAAUGGAACUAAUCAGGACCGGUCGCUGAAACCUGCACUAAGCACACUCACUAUCGAAACUCCAGACUGUAAUAUCAUUGUACGCCUGUUGCAACCAGAGCUACUGCUCGUUCUUAUUGGCAGGAUCGCUCCCGGCAAGAAGCAAGCCUUCAAAAUCUCAGCUGAAGGGCAGGGAGACCCACGAUAUCCUGAGGCCGACCUUCCUACCUCGCGUCCAGGCUCGCGUUCUCAAGUGCUCCAAGGUGAUGCUGCGAACGACAAUCCAGGUUUCCAAGACCGCUUGACGGUUAAGAACAAAGCGCCUUCGCUGCUUAGUAACAUGAGCCAACGCGAUAAAGACAUCAGAGGUGGUGCGCUCCAUGUCCAGCGCAAGAAACUGGACGCCCUAGCUGAGUACGUCUUGCAAGAUUUCGGAGAUACUGGAUUUAUCAUGCCCGCCGACGCAGACCUACAGUAG